AUGCCACCGCCCAAGACUCUCCAAGACAUGGAAGCUCCUCAGAAGACUCUCGACGGUGUCGUCUUCCACGGAAAUCGAAUUCAAUUUGUGAACCGGCCACUCCCGUCCACGGUCGACAAGCUUAACAUGACCCUGGAUAUCAGCUCAAGAAAUGGUUUCUGGAAAUACCUACUCGUAACCAAAUCUCCUUCCUGCGCCUCAGUUCUUACCAACAUCUUCAAUGUUCAAAUAUUCGGACCGAAGACACACUCAGACCGAGCUCACAAAUUUUCGCCAACUGAGGGCGCUCGUCAUCUCCAAGUCAACUGCAGACACACACAAUUUGUGUCACCUGCGCAGCAGGCGAACGUACCCAGCGGAUGCCAAUGA